UAUUUAAAGAUGACCAACGAUGCGAGAAGGUAAGCGAUCGAAUUAUCCAGGAAUUAUGACUUCCCCUCUUCAAUAUAAACUAACGAUAGCGGAGAAUUUUUAUUUCUGGUAGAGCAUUUUGGAAAAGAACAGCUUAUUCAAAAGUUUAUCGCCGAAAGUUAUUCCUUUAUCGUUUUCGCAUCGUGUGAAUUGAAAUCUAAGAUCUAUACUAAUAUUCGAACGUUGAAGUGACGCUGCACUCUGUCAUUAUGGUUGUAAAAUUUUAUUUUGCUAGCCAAGAAGAGUCAACCGAGACUAUAGACAUGACGAAUGAUGUGCACAGUGACAAACAGCCCCGAAUUGAUGAUGAUUUUAUCACAAGUGAUGAAGAACAGAGAUACCAGCGCGCGGCCUCCUUGGAUAAACUGGUGGACUACUGCGUCGAGGAAUUCGGUAAGCCAUUAUUUAUACUAAUAUUUUUUAUGUUUAUACAAGAACCUUGCGUGUUGUUAGUGGGAAAAUUUUUCUGUUUGUUUUUAUGAUCCAUGCAUUCAUGUUUGAUGGGUGUAGUGGUUGUUCUAUUAUGUUCAAAAAGAUGACUUAUUUGAAAAGGAAGCCUUUGUUUGUAAAACACUGGGUACAAUAAUCGAAAACGCUGAAGAUCGACCCUUAAAACAUUGGCGUGUGUAUAAGUUUAUUAUACACAUCCGAGGCGUAACUAACAAAAAUACAUCUCUGUUGAUUGCUUUGCCGCGAUAUCGAGUAGCUUUUAUUUUAUUUUCAAGCGUGUAACAAAAAAAUUUGGACAUCCUCCAUAUGUUUAUAACCACCCGGCAAUAAUUUGCAUACGCUUAUGCUAAAUCAAGAGGUGUUGUCGAACAGUGGAUAUGAAAAUAAGAGGAGGAUUAUAUUGAGUCUUGUACUUUAGCAAUAUUCAUUGAGCAUUGUUCACAAAUAAUUCACUCGAUUCAAGGAAGUUUUAACCGAGGGGCAGAGGUUUCUACAUAUAUCUUCCUUUCUUACAAUCAUCAGCGUUGUCUGUACGUCUGGAUCGACAAUAACAUUUCCUAAUGUAAGGUUCAUAAAUUAUUUAUAGAUUCAUUUGACAUAUUAUGUCAAUUUGUAGGAAAAAACUCAUUUUAGAAUUUCUAGAAAGUCAUUAACUGAAGCGUAGUUGUGAAUCACUGUAUAUUUCGCCCGAAAUUUGAUAUUAAUUUGGUCUGGUAAAAAAUGUUGAAAUACAUGGAAGGUUUCUGUUAGACCUAUUGUUUGUGAAUGUGGCAUUUAUAAAGAAUACAAUUUAUUUUCUUUAAUUGAUCGUGUAGGAUAAAUCCAUUCUCUGGUAAAACCAGUAUUUAACCUAGUUUGUUUUGGAAUUUCCGUUGUUUUCUAUUAAUAAUUAUUAAGUGUAGGAGACAAAGUUAAUUCUGGAUUAACCUGAGAACAGAUACUACAUUUCAACAUAUAGGCUACUUAAUAACAACUGUACGUAAACAUGUAGUUGCUUGAUGAACUGCUCCAUUGCUAUGGGCUGGGCAUAGCUGAAAAAAGAAAAAUAGUAUUUGAAAAUUAGCCAAAAAGUGCUGUAGGUGCUAUGACCAAAUAACUUGGUGUAGUACCUGAGCCAAGAAAAGUUAGGCUCUCAUGAGAUCCAAAAUAUUUAAAAAAAAAUUCUUUUUCUGUUUUACCACAACAAUAAUGAAGGAUUUCCUGAAAAAGGGCAUAAUUAUUAUUUGCUUAUUAUUGAACAGCAAAUUACUCCCUUUUUCAGGAAACCCUUCAAUUACUACCACAGGAAGUAGUUAUAUAAGUACAAAGUUAAAAAAGGGCUCUGAUAAUUGCAGAGGGAACUCAAGACAAUGUGAUAAUUUGUGAUAAUGCAUGGAAAACCAUGAAAUACAAUGUUUUCCUACUCUUGUCUUUCCUAUAUAUGAAAGUGAAAUAACCCAUUGUGCCAAAAAUAGUAAUGUUAUAAAGAAAUAAUAACAAUAAUAAUACUGUUAUUUGUUAAAGUCCGGCCAAUGAUCAUUAAUGAUAGCAAAAAAAGAAAAAAAAGGUACACACAAACAAGAAAAAAUAAGAAUAUGGGUUUUUUUUUUACCAUAGUUUGGAUGUAUUUGAAUUCAGUGUACAUGUGUAUGUUUCACAUGAAGGAAAAAUCCAUUCAAAGGUUAAAGCAUAAUUCCCUGUCUCCUAUUGUUCGUAAUAAGGUUGGAUAUUGGUUCAACCGGAGGACAGAUACAUGUAUAAUUUUAUGUGACUAUAAGGCAGUAAGGAUUGCAAAGACAAACAAAGGGUAACUUUUAAUCAUACUUAUGUUAUUGUCCAAUACAUAAGUUGUGCCAACAAAGGAACAAUUGUGAAGGAAAAGGCACUCCUCACAAUUAGGCAUCUACAGGUGUAAAACUACAGUCGAAUCCCGAUAACUUGAACCUUCAAGGGAAAUAGAGAACAGUUCGAGUUAUCGGGAGUUCGAGUUAUCGAGGGUAAAAUUAUAUAGAAAUGAUCUGAAGGGAAAUGAAAAUUGCUUCAAGUUAGCGGGAGGUUUGAGUUAUAGAGGGUUUGAGUUACCGGGAGUCGACUGUAUGAUAAAAUAGGCUUGGCCACUGUGUAUUGCUUGAUGGCCUUUAAAUUUCAUUGCUAUGGCACUGAGUCUUUGGAGAAUAACAAAACCUUUUUAAUGGGGACAUGGAAGCGGAAGCAAUCUAGUGUGUGUCUGUAUUACAGAGAUGUAAGGGAUCACAUGACUUGAUUUGCUGUCUUUGAGACCAAACAACUGUUAGUGAAAGAAAAGUGCACGUGUUUAGGAGGUGUACAAAACAAAUGAUUCAAGUUUACUUCACGUUCAAACACUAAAGGGAGAUUAAAAGUCAAAUUUUUUAAUGUGACAUGGAUCAUUCUAGUAACUCUUUAUCAACAGAGUAACUUGACCUCUUUGGGAUUAUCUUGUCUUGUUUUCCUGUCUAACUUUGCUAACUGUCUGCCUGAGGUGUAAUUUGAAUCUGAUCUCAUGUCAAAGGAAACCCUGCUUGGUGACCUUAAUUUGUAUCUUCAGCGAUUAGUUAAGUUCCAGAAGAUGUAAAAACAAAGAUUAUGUUUCCUCAGUACGUGUGCAGUUGUGAGUUCCGGCUCCCGUAGAUUUCACUUUAAAGAAUUAUUAGAAUGUCUUAAAAAAUCAAUAUUCUUAAAAUUUUUUAAAAGCUUCAUUGCACCAAAUGUCCCAUGAAUAUUACCUUGUAUGUUGUUGAUCAUAUAGAGUAUGUUUAGUUUACAAGUGUAUACAUGCAUGAACAUGUGGAUCAGAUAUUAUCUUCUUUUGUUGGUACAUGUCAGUCAGGGUUCAUAAUUAACGUGCUGGCAAAAUGUGAGCGGGUUUUGGUACUUGCAAGUCAAAAGAAUUUAUACCCUCCAGCAAACAUCUGUGUGUAAGCAUUUUUUCAGUAAAAAUUUGAUUUGAAAAACAGAAUUAAUUUUUUGACAAAAAAGUUGGUUUUACAUUUAAUGUGUGUACAACUAGGAAGGAAGCGGGAUCUACACUGCAUGCCUGGGCAGGGGUACUUUGGAUUUCGAGUGAUGAGGAUGAUCGCAGGUAUUUUUUGGGUUUGAAAUUUUUGAUCCCAGGAUUCUUUUGGUAGGAAAAUUUGUUAAGUUUUUUUGGGGGUGGCUUGAUUUAAGUACUAGCGAUUUUUCAAAAAAAUCUGAAGAUUUGUGGUUGUGCAUGCGGAUCCAAGCCGCGCACUUCUGUGAUCAUCCCCAUUCACUGUAUUCAGCUGUAUGUUUUACUCUGUAAGUAAGAGCCUAUGAAAGCUACUUGACUGUACUCUUCUAGAAAAUCACAAUGCAUAACUUCACACUUUUAGAACUGCUUACACUUCAGCUUUUUCUUUUUACGAGUAAGAGUUAAGAUUGCAUUCUGCACAUAUGUUUACAUGUUGUGUAUGGGAAAUUCCCUCAAUUGUUUGGGGUUGAGGAAUUAAAGGAAUUUUCUUAAUAAGGAAAGUCUUAAAUGUGUGUGUUUUUUUAGACCAUUUUAUACAACUAAGCCGAAAAUUCAUGACUAUUACCAUGACUUGAUAUACUGUGAUCAUUGUAGCUUUUCCUCCCACUUCUGCGAGUCAGACAAUUUAAAUAGAAAUACAGCUUAAACUUUAGAGCGAAGAUCAAAUAUUUAACUGAACCUGUAAUUUCUAUUUUUAUGGUGACAGUUGAAAUUAUUCUUAUGGAGUACAUUUUUUAAAUUAUACUUUCUAAGAAUAUUUUUGCCAUAGUUUAUUGGAUGUAGGUAUUAGAUCAAGAUCACUUUAUCUCUUUAAUAAAAAACUGUCUGAUACGAAGAUCUGCAACUUAUUUUUUCAAGAAGCCUUUGUAGUGUGUAAUUGUUUGCCUUGUACCAGGCCUUUCUUAGGGUAAAAUUGCAACAAGUGACAUGCAGCAUGGGUUAAACACUCACAAAGAUCAUGGCCUACUCCUCAAACUUACGGCGCUUUCCAUUUAUCAGAACUGGCCAGCCCGACCUGUCAUUUUGACAAUGAAAUUGGCUUUUUGCAAGGGUUUUUGCCGAAAAACCAUCCCCUUCCUACAUACUCUUUAGGAUUUGACUAAUCUGGCCGAAAAGUUUUGAUUAACAGUGAAAUUCUCAUUACGUUGGGAAGGGUCUGGCCGGCCGGUUCUGACAAAUUUUGAUAUUCAGACUAGGGACGUACAUACCCCCUACCCCCCUCCUCUUUAGAGGGUCUCUUGUACAUCAUGUUAACAUUAAGACUGAUUUGAUUCUGUCUUUUAGCAGGUGGAAAUCCUCAGCCUACAAUGUCAGAGGCGUUUCUUUCAAAUUGUGUAUUUAUGACAUACAAAUGGUUCCUUUCCUCCGAAGAGCUUCUCAAGAAGUUUAUGCAACGGUAUCCUUGACUGUAUGAAAGCACAGUUGGGUGUUUUUUUUUACCAUGAUAAAAAUAUAAUUUGUUCUUAUGUUUGUACAUGUUAAAUGUUGUGUUGUAAUGAUAAGGUUGUUGUAUAUUCCAGUUUUUACCUGUGAUUAUUAUAAGAUAAUUAUAUUCCUGAGAUUGCUUUUUCUUCUGAGAAUUGACAGUUGUUGUUAAGAACAUUGCAUAGAGCCUUUUUUUUUACACAUUGUAAACAAAAUUAAUGUACAACUGAAACAUCAUCUCUUAUGCAAGUCCACUUUAUUAGCAUUUAGCAUUCUAUAAUUUUAUUUUUGUGCAACUGAAGGUUAGUUUUCCAAGAAAAAAAUGUGGUUAUAAACCAUAUAGCCUAGCUUUUAUCAAGAAAUAAAUGUGUUAAAUUAGUAUUUUGUUUAGAUUACUUCCCUCUAGUGUCAAAAUUGACCAACUUCACUGAAAGAUUUUGAAACAGUGUACUAUUUGAAACCAAAUUUUAAAAAACUUUUCAUAAAAUUAAAAUAAUUAGCAUCACAAAUAGAAGUAGACUGAUAGAUCUGGAUUAAAUCUUGAUCAUUUAUUGCUACUCAGAGUUUCAUGCCUCUUAUGAAGCAAUCAUCAGGCAAAUGUUAUUUAUUUCUUGAUUCAAGUCAAUUAUCAGAUACUCUGAUUUCUCCAAUUCAAGUAACAAACAACAAAGAAAGUUCAGGACAAGUCUUUGCUAUGCUGUUGGGUAUGUAAAAUAUUUUAAUUUUAUUCUAAAAUUAAUCCGGGCUUAAAUCAUUAACUGUGGAAAUGAGUUUUACAAAAGCAUGUUAUUCUAGAAACUAAUUAAAAACUUGUUAAUAUUUUUUAUGGAUGAAGAAUUAAAGAAAUAAUAUUAAUUUAUCAUCAUUUUUUAAGUGUAUUUGAUUUUAUUUCAGCUUCAGUUGAAAUCACCAAAUGAAGUAUUGUCACAAGAUCAUCCAAUGAAAUGCGUGUCAUUUUUAUGUGCACAGGUUUUGGAUAACAAGAUAUGGAAAUGACUUCAAGAAGAAUGAAAAAUUGACAUCACUACUGAAAGAAUUUCACCAGAGCGUAGAAUUUGAGGUGGAAAGAGAAGCCAUUGAUCCUUCUAAUAUGUAAGGGGACCAGCAGUUAUCCCUCGUAUUCAUUUAUUUGUUCCUUCCUUCUUUCAUUCAUUCUUUCUUUUUUUCCGUCAUUUAUUCAUUAGCACAUCUGUUCAUUCAUUCGCUCACUCGUUUGUUUUUUCGUUUGGUUGGUUUCUUUGUUUUGUUGGUUCAUUUUCAUUUUGUCACUCUUUGAUCUUUAACCCAGUGAUUGGAAGUAAGUUAACUAACCCUGUACUGUAAAUGAUGACCUGCUACCUUUGCUCUUUAAAGAUGAAAAUUUAAGUUAGGGAUACCGGUAACAUUGUGCUUGGCAUUUACUUCCUUAUCAGAGGUGUUGAGGAGAUGCGGCACCAUUCAUUCAGUGGGGUGACAGUUGGCGAACAGCAACCAUUAGGACAACGAAAGGGUUCUAUGGCUUUUAAGGAUUUAUCAGCUACUACCAUUGCGGAACAACUUACUUUUCUUGAAUACAGAAUGCUUCGUAGAAUACCAGUAAGGAUAACUCAUUUCUUGGUCAUUUUCUUUUUGGGUUGUUGUUGUUUUUUUUUUUUCAGAAAUGGUACCUUACCACCAGGGCAGUCUUUUUGGAGCAGGGGCCAAAAACUGCUCAGACCAAAAUGGGCAAAGUGUAGACCCGUUUCAGACCAAAACAGCGCAAAAACCCAGCCAAUGGGGCAGCACAUACCUAUAUGGCUUGAUUCACUUCUUUAGCUCACAGACAAAGAAAAUUUAGCCAAGUCUCUAAAAAGUAUAGACAGCUUUUCACAUGCACUUGGUGUCCUACUGAGAGAUAGUCAGCCCUUUAGAUAGUCAAGGAAGAUGACUAUUAUAUGUAGAACAACACAGACCAACUUCCAAGAGUUUACCUAAGCCUCCAUUGCAUUUCUUUAAAAGUAUAUACCGGUAUAUGGAACCCUGAUUAUCAACAUUAAUUUUUCAUAUCCAGUUUUCAGAGUGGAAGACAUAUGUUCUUACUGGCAAGUUAAAGGACACCACCUAUCUGGACAGAUAUGUAGCUCUAUUUAACGGUGUAUCACGUUGGGUACAAGGCAUGGUGUUAAAUUGUGUUUCCCCUCAAGAAAGAGCGGCUUGCUUUGAAAAAUUCCAACAAACAGCUAAAGUAAGUAAUUAAGAUGGUACUAGGUCAGUUAUACUGUAAUUUACACUGCGAGCAGAGGAGGUUUUUUUCUGGCAUGGCCUUGUUUGAGUGGCUUGUCAGUCGCAUAUUUGGUCUGUUUAUUCCCAAAGAGAAACUCAAGAUGAGCUCUCCAAGCUUAAACAAACCAACUAUGUGACUGACAAGCCAUGCAAAAGACUUCGUGAUUGCUAGAGGCUGUGUUGGAAAGAAAGCUCUGAUCACUGAGUAGCUGUAAGUAAGAUGUCCUUAUAGUGGUUACAAGAUAAAACAAAAUUGUGCUCUCCAAUUGGAAUGUAUAUUAUUGUCUCCCUGUUUUGGGCUAGAUGAAGCAUGUUUGCAUGUCUCUUACCAAUUUAUUUUCUUUCAAUAAUUAGCAUUUAAAAGAGCUGCAAAAUUUUAAUGGUCUCAUGGCCGUGGCAGGAGGGUUAAGGAGUACAGCUUUAUCAAGAUUACAAAAAACUCAAGAGCUGCUCAGCCAAGACUGUAGAGAGGUACAGCAAUAAUAUGAACUCUGUGAUGUCACCGUUGUAUUCUCAUGAUGCAAAUGCCUGUUGGGUUACUUCUUCACCUAGAUUCUAAUUAUUUAAUUUAAUAUUGAUAGAAGGGAAACUGGAGAUUUCUGUGGGUAGUUUUCCCCUUGUUGACAAGUCCAGUAAAAAUCAGCAGGGAAUCCCUCUUGGUUUUUGUUUCUUGUUUAAUCGUUUGUUUGUUUUUGGGUGUAUACUACUGCAAAUCAGGUGAUAUGACUUUUCUCUUCCUGCUAUCUCUGAGCUCAUGGAUGUUAAGUAUGUAAGCCAAUCAGAAUGCAGAUAUACUGAAUGCUAGAGUAGUGUUGAAAUAUUCUUUGAAAAGAUCAACAGAAUCUUUCCUGAGUUAAUUAACUUCAAAUUAUCUAAUUUCCUUUUUGUUCUUUUCUCAGUUCAUGAAGCUGUUGAUGGAGUUUUUAUCCUCCAAUGGGAAUUAUGCAUUCUACAGGAAAGCAUUAAAUGAUGCUGCUUAUAAUGGAUUCCAUAUUCCUAUCUUGUAAGUAAGAUACAUCUCUAGUAAGUUUUCCUUAUAUAUGACUAAAAGGUGGGUUCCUUCUGUAGGUACUGAGGCACAGAUUACAUACAACAAAAGAAACAAUACAACCAAACAAUAAAGCCCCCCCUCCCUGGAGAACUCUAUUGUUUGGUUCCUUUGUUGCUUUUGUGACCACGGUGCCCACAGAAAGGCCUACAAGGCACCUGGGAAUUAGGGAGCAAGAGAUUUAUUUUGGGCCAAGAGUAAUGGAUGUAGAAUGAUGUAAUGUCUCUGCAAGGUCCAAAGGGAAGCCUGUGCAGUGAACACCCUUUUUUUGAGUCCUGUGUAAUAUAGUGAAAAACAGUUCAAUGGUUGCUAAAACUCUUGAAGAGCAGUCAGUCAGUUUCAACAUGAGCAUUCUCAGGGUUGUCAGAAAAUUUUGAAGGAGAUGGCCAGGUUGUGAAAGUAAGCAGCCAGGCCAGGGAUAUUUUUUUAAAAAAACGCCAUCCAUAAAGAAAUGCCAAGCAGAGUAGCCAGCCGAUACUAACCAAGCAGGCAGUGAUUUUCACCAGCAGCUGGCCACUUUUGACAACGCUGAUUCUUGUCAUGGCUGUCUUGAUGUGCAUGUUAUAGAUACCUUUGUAAACAAAGUGGCUCCUCUCAUUGAUAUGAAAUUUUUUAUAAACCACCUUAAUGGAAGUGUAGGGUUUGAUUUUAUUGCUCAUCAUGUGUGUUUUAUUUUUUCUUUUCCUUCCUCUUAUCCUGAAUGUCUUGGAAACCAAAAUAAUAAUGUAGAGGUGAGUAAUAAAAUUCCUACAUGCACCAAUACAUCUGUAAGUACAGGAUGUUAAACGUUAGUUAAGAAGCUGUUCUUAUGAAUGUCAGGGUUGCGUUUGUAUUAGGUCACACUUGUUAAAUUGAACUAAAGAGCAUCAGAGCUCCAGGUGAGUGUGGUCCUAAAUAGGACUAUUUUUGGCAGUGACUGGCAUUUGGGCAACCUGUAAGACACCCAGAAGCAUGAGGGUUGUUGUCUUUGAUGAUGUCUACUAGUACUGCACGGGUUGUUGAAAAUGUCACUCAGUCUCUAACAGUCUUAUUCAGAACUCCACCCACUUGGGCACCAUCUACCCAUGAUAAAUUGACCAUCAGUUUUCAAAAGGUUUCAUGCAGGUGAUUUUUUCUUCCUACAGGUAUUCAACUGAAGGAUUUUAUCGCCCUUCACACAGUCCUUCGUGAUAAGACUGACGAUGGCCUCCUUAAUGUACAGAAGAUGAUUCGAUUGGCACAUAUCAUGUCUCCAUUGCUACCGGGUCAUAGCAGUCAACCACCUAUUCAACCAAAUAUGGACCUCAUUAAAAUGUUGAGGGUAAGAGGAAUGGGAAGUUGUACUCUAAGAAAAUUAACCCUUUAAGCCCCGGUAUCCACAUACAAAUUCUCCAAACUGGUCUCCAUACAUUUCCUAAAGAAUCAGUUGAGAAAAUUUGAUAACAGAUCAAGGCAUUUUCUCUUGGGUGAUCAUUUUAUUAAUUCUCAUAACCUCAUCUCUUGACAGUGUAUGGAUACUGUUAGGAGUAAAUUGACAUUGGUCACUAUUGGGACGUAAAGAGUUAAAGGGGGCCAGUGGUCUGAACCUGAGAAAUACAGGGCACCCAAUGUACAUUUUUGUAGCCUUUCUUUGAAUAAACUAUGAUUCCAGGAGUGGAUCCAGAAAAAUUCUGAAAGGGGGCUAGCACACUUGCCAGCUGUAUAGUACUCAGGGUUUUUACUAAGAGCCAGUAGAGAGCAAAUUUCUAUGAUGGGUACUUUUCUUUGGAAAUCACACUCCCCUUCCCCAAAAAAGCCAAAAUGCAAUGUCUGAGUUCUGUUCAAAAACUCAAAAUACAUUCUUAGAGGCCCAGAUCUCAUAAUAUUGUUCCAGGGGGACUUGCCCCCGGAUGGACCCCCCUAGCAACUUGUGUUGCUGGUGCUCGCAAGUCACUCCUGUGGCACAAGAUUUUUCCUUCUCUGCCUACUCCAAAGCUUUUGCCACCUUCUUAAAACCUUAUUGAAAGCCCCGAGUACUAUUUAUUUUACCGAGAAUCCUUUAAAGAUACUACAGAAUUUGACAAGAAAGGGUGGGCCAUAGUCCCCUCUGCCAACCCUUAAUGCCACGCACCCAAGCACAAAAGUAAGGUGCCAGAGGCCACCAGGCCAGCACUGCUGCAGCACAGCCCUGGAGUGUAACCUAUAGCUGGUAUUUGAAUUUGUAACUCCACUGACUAUAAGCUUAACUUUUAAUUUUAUUUAUAACUUGGUGUGUAGGUUUCACUGCAGCCGCGAUUCACAGAAGAGGAGUUGUAUGAGCUCUCUCUUGCCAGGGAACCAAGAAGCCCCUCUUCUUCUGUAAGUUUUUUAUUCAUUUAUGGUAUGUUAUCUAUGUAAAGUGUCAAAAUAUUGAAAUCUCUAACUACCGGGCCCCAGUUGUGGAAACCUUGAAUAGUACCAUUCACCAGAUAUAUCACUAACCAACAGAUAAGUUUUAAGGUAACUGAUUGCUAAUCCAUUUGAUCCUAUCCAGCGGAUAGUGUUAUCCACUCUUUGAACAACUCGGGCCAGACUCUGAAAAGUUAAAUUAAACGGUUGGGUUUUUUGUGCUUUCUUCAGAGCUCCGGAAGCCAAACAAGUGAGCAGAAUCUCAUGUUCGCUGAUUGGGCAGCCGAGUUACUACACUCAGCCCCAGAUCCCGACACCACAGCCAGACAUGUGUCUUCAAUGGUAGAUGUGAGUAUUAGACUGUGAGAUUUUACCCUUGCUCACUCAAGCAAAAUUUGUUUGACAGUGCAGUUAAUUAGAUUGAAAGCGAACUAUUUAAAUAUUUAUCAAGGAAUUCCCUAAGCUUUUUCGUUGAAAAGUGUUUGAUAAUUUUGAGGCCAACGCCCAUUAUUGUGACAGUAUCCUCUUGCACUUAAGGCGUUUUUAGGAGCGGCACAAAUUCAAGUUUACCAGUAACCACUCUAAGUGUUUAUAUUAACUUUGAACCUGUUAUAGGAAGGCUUUUGCCUGUUAUAGUUAGAUUGAUAAAUUUUAGAUUAUAAAUUUUAGGUAUUCUUAAGUAUACUUUAUUGUAAUUAUUACAGGUAGUUAUAGUUGUAAGGCGCAUUUGAUCAUAUUCAGAUGUUAAUUUGCGCCUAAUAAGAAAUAAAUUAUUAUUAAUAAAUUAUUAUCUCUUAUUUGUUGUUAGGCUGUCUUCAAGAUUUACGAUGUCAAUAAAGAUGGUUCGAUUUCAGUGGAGGAAUUCGAAACAAUCGCUACAAAUUUCCCCUUCAUCGAUUCAUUUGGCGUUAUCGACGUCAACAGGUAUAACUUUUCGGCAUCAAAAACGUACAUUUUUUUUGAAACAAGGAAUUUUUUCAGCUAAAAACGAGAGGAGAAUUUAAGAAGACUUCCAAGAGAUGACUUUAAUAAUGAAUUAUACAUGUUUAUCCAUUUUUGGUCAAGAGUGGUAAUGUAAUACAUUACGCUUCGCGUGUCUGCUGCCAUUGUUUCCUGCGACCAAUUAGGAGAGACCUUACGUGCAGCUCCUACACGGCCCUUAAAAUUUUUUUGUAGAACGCAACCCAGGUCUUAACAUAGUAUAGUAAUUGCUGUAACUUUCUGUGUUUGUUUUACAGUGAUGGUGUAAUUAGUAAAGAGGAGAUGAAAAGUUAUUUUAUGAAAGCAAACUGCCAUGAACUGAGUAAAGGCUUUUCGCAUAACUUUCAAGAAACUACAUACUUCACUCCAACCUACUGUGAUCACUGUGGUGGCCUGGUAAGAAAAUCUCAUAUCUCAUUUCUCAUAUCGGCCAAUAAUCGAGGCAGGACUUAUAGCGCAGUUUACGCGCAGUAGCUACAUUACUUAAUGCGUUAACUUCCGAAUUUUUCGCUCGCAUUUUCAGCAGUAGCAAAUAUCUCCUUAUUCCUCUGGGCAUUGUUCAAGUUGAAUUUGACCCCUGGCCAAACACGUUGCCGGUCCUAGGCUUGUUAGCCUCCCAGCAAAUCUGGCGCGCACUUUUGCAGCUGAUCCACGUCAAGUGAAAAAUGCUCCGCGCGAUUUUGUAGGCCAUACUUAUUAGGCAUUGCUUGGCUUUCGUGUAGUUUGCCAUUUCCCAUUCUGAGAUUCGAGAGCUUGCUUCAAGCUAGUUAUUCAUGGUGAGUUCAUUGACUGUGACUGUAAGCUUAAGCGUGCGAGUCUCACCGACUUUUUCGAGACGGGGCUUGUUUGUUAGAUUGGAACCAAAUUAGCACACACACGAAAAAACAACUAAUGUAAACUAGAUCCCUCACCACUUAAAAAAAUGGGGAAAGUUGGUACAUUAUAUUUGAACAUGUCUUUGUCUUGUUUACAUUUUAUUUUCAAUAUUAUCUUUUUUUUUACAGCUAUGGGGAAUCAUCAAACAGGGCUACAGAUGUAAAGGUGAUGUUAUUUGCAAAAUCCUUUAUGAGUUGCAUAAACAUUGUUUUCGUUUUAACAAGUGUAGGUUAAACACAAUACGUGUAACCGAAUUUAUGGGAAUGGUCCUAGUAGCUUUUAAGACAUAAUGAUAUGGGCGUGAUAUAGAGGAACACAAUGAAGUUUGUAUGUUCAAAUAAUAUAGAUCAGUUAAUCUAGUCAAUUUAAUGCUGAUUGUUAAUUAGUGCUUUAUUUUUAACUCUUCUAGAUUGUCAUAUUAAUUGCCACAAGCAUUGCAAAGCGGAGGUAGUCAAAAACUGUCAGAAACCAGCUCCUCAGUCACAUGGUAAAAAUUUAUUGUUUUAUUACUUUAAAUUUUAUCCUCUUUUGUUUGAAACUCAUUACGACACCUUGACAUACCUAAAAUUCAUUUAAAAAGUAAUUUGAAAAAAAGGAUGAAUUGAACCGCAACAUAAACUUAAAUAUCAACUUAAUAAAAAAAGAAAACAGAACGCGUCUUUCAAGAAAAAUUAAUCAUUUAAAUAAAUAAACUAUGAACUUUUAAACCACGAGGUCCCGUCAGGAUUUCCUGUUCGUGCGUGGCCUCCUUGGAAACCAGGUGGUAGAUGUCUCAGUUUUUCGAUGAAGUUGUAAAACCUAAGGGAACUGUAAUAGGCACAAUGGCCGCUAUCAAUAAUCAGUCUGCGUUUUUCCCACUUCUCUGCGACUUAUAAAGUAAUAAUAGUAAUAAUGAUAAUGAUGAUAAUGAUAACAAUAAUAAUAAUAAAUGAAUAAAUAAAUAAAUAUUCAACCAGGAGUCUCCACUCACUGCAACUGUUUGGGAGGCGCUGGUAUUAAAAUUGAUGACACUUUCUGAAACAGAACAGUGCUUUUUAAAACGAAUGCCUAAAAGUAAUGAUUGUAUUUAAAAAGUUUAAGAAAUCUAAAAAUCUAAAACAGUUAAAUUCAUAACAUCAGUACAGUUUGAAGGAAUCUAAACUUAAAAAAUCUGUGACAGACAAUUGGCUUUUGCCGCUUAUUAUUUUGUAUGGAAGAGGUAAUUUAUUUGCACCAAAAAACAACCUUUUCCAAGGAAGCCAGUCGCGGCAGGUAAUAAGAUAAUGGUCUGAUCUACGGUACCAAAGGGUUUCGGCAAGUGCACGAAAAAGGCUUCGGUCCCUAAUUCUCCACAACUUAGAAUCAGUUAUGCGUGAUACAUGUAAAACGAUCUCCGUAGCCGAGAAAAAGAUUUGGACGAAAGUCAAAAUGUUCAGGAGGGGAGGGGGGGGCAAGUUCUUGUUCUUUUGAAGGUAUCUGAAUAUCUACGGAUGUACUGCCUUUUUUAGAAUCCUACUCAUUGUUAGCAAGACUGUGAUUGGUUUAUAAUAAUUAUUGUCCUCACAUCAAUUUCCAUACUUAAAUUUGCCACUUACCUUCUCAAUUUAAAAAUACGAGUCAUGACAUCGGCUACCUCCUUCAGUAGUCGCGUCAAAUCCUAUCGCCUUGUUUGGCCUCAAAUGUACCAACUUUUUCAUGACAAACUGAUUUCUCAGCGACUGGAGAAAACGGGAAUUAUUCACCCAGGAAUCAGACAGUUUUCUACUGCGAUGAAAGAGCAAGCGGAGUGACGAAGCAUGGCGCUUAAAUCGGGUCAACGUGACAAGUAAUAUCUUACCUUGCUGAUUUUAACUCUUUUCAACACCUGCAGAAAUAUCUCCCCGCAAAUCGGUUUUACUGAGAUCUAAAUUGAAAAGCAGAAUGAAGCUCCAUAAACACCACUCGGAUGGAUCGCUAAAGAGUAUAGGCAGAGAAAAGCGUCGCUCAAUGGACUCGCUAAGGAGCAUUAAUGGAGAGAGCGUCAGCAAGCGCUAUUCUGAUUAUUCCUUGAGGAGCUUCAACGGCGAUUGCGUUAGUAUACCAAUCGACCAAUACGAACAACUACUUAAGGCCCAACAGGUCAGUGAGAUAAACAAAUCUUCUUUUUCUUUAGCCACAUUGCCUGGUUGUUUUUUAUUUUUGCUGUUACUCCGAGAGGUUUUUUUUUUCUUCGCCUCUCCUUAAUAAACCAACACUUCCAAAUUCCAAUUCCAUCUCUAGCGUGCGAACACUUUCAAACCAGUUCCUCAGAUCCUUUAAGUGUUUCGUGAGCAAAAAAUAACAUUUGCGUUUUUUGCUGGGAGCCUAAAUCUGCUAGGGACCUUAGGCACCCACGACGGCAGCAUUAGCGACGGCGGCUUUGACACAAUAAAAAGAAAGAUAAAUAAAGCAACGGUGUGCGUUUUCACAUGCGUUUUCAGUGUUUUGUAUGGAAAACAUGAAGACACAACAGGUUACUUUAAGUUGCAGUGACGUUGUACUAAUAAUGCUAAUUCUACUAAUUCUACUAACAAUAAUAACAUACAAUUAACAUCUUAAUGAGCAGUGAUAAAAAGACAGAUCAGCAAAUCAAAAGAUCAGUAAGAGUGACAAUCGAACAAUCAUUCAUCAGUCAUUCAUAUUCGAACAAUCAUUCAUUCAUUCAUUCAAUAACAACUAACUCAAGAACAAUUUUAAAUUAAUUUUGAAGGGCGCAAAUUGAUUUUGUUGUGUUUUGGUGUUUUUUUAUUUUUAUUUUUUUAAACAACGUUGCCUCAACUUUGCCGUCGUAUUUGCUUAAAGUCCAUAUUACAUUUUAUUGUCAAGCCUAUUGUGUUGUCACGGUUUUUCACAGACUUUGCAUUAUUGUAGCCUGAAAAAAAAAACAGCCGACAUUUCACGACCUUACAACUGGUUUCCCCACAAAAUGACGUCUGAGAAACGAGCGCAGAAAUUCCAUGCUGAUGACGUGUUACUUCUCAGGUCUGGCAGUGAUUUUGAUUGGUUGAAGCACCUUUCCCUCGCGGCACGACCAAUCAGAAGCACAACCCAGACCUGGGUAGUGACACGUCAUCAGUAUGGAAUUUCUGAAGUCGUUCCUCAGACGUUAUUUCGCGGGAAACCAGUCUUGGCCGCGACAAAUGUCGGCUGUUUUCUCAGGCUAGCAUUUUUGUGGUUCCUUUGUCUUUUUUGUAGCGCGGAUUUUACCAUGUAACCAAUCAGACAGCAUUAUGUGCAGGCUAAAAUGUUUAAAUUAUUUUUUGACUUUGCAGUGUAACGAAGAAAUCUUGUUGGAAAACGCCCGUCUUCGAGGCGAGUUGCAGGUCGCUCAACGCAAUGAAAGCUCGCUACGAGAGCAGCUGGCCUCUCUGAAAGAGACCACUGUGACUUUUAUAAUGGAUCAAAUGGACGCUUUACAAAUGCAUAAAGAUACUCAAGUAUAG